UAUACCGGUGGAUGGUUGCCAUUGUAGCCAAUUUGGGGUUAUUUUUAUGGCGAUUUUGGGGUAGACCGUGCGUUCGGGACGUGUGUUCGUUGAUUUUAGUGCCGUAAAGACCACGAUUUUAAGAGAACUGCCUCAAAAUUGAUCUGGAUCUCCAAAGGCAGGCCUCCAACGGCCACUUCAUUAGGUCGGUGGGUCAGAUGUGCGAGGGCGGCUUCAGCGCCGCCGACGGCUUCUCCCGCAUGGCCUCGCUGGGCGGCGCCGCCGCCCUUGGGGUGCCGCAGGGACUGCAGUCGGCGGCCCAGUCGUCGAAGAAGCAGGAGGACCACAUCAAGCGGCCGAUGAACGCGUUCAUGGUGUGGUCGAGGCUGCAGCGCAGGAAGAUCGCCCAGGAGAACCCGAAGAUGCACAACUCGGAGAUCUCCAAACGAUUGGGCUCCGAAUGGAAAUUGUUAACGGAAGACGAGAAGAGGCCAUUCAUCGACGAGGCGAAGAGAUUACGCGCCCUACAUAUGAAAGAACAUCCAGAUUACAAAUACAGGCCGAGACGUAAGCCGAAGACCCUAAGGAAAGAAGGUUAUCCGUAUUCGAUCCCCUACCCGUCUGUGCAGAUGGACGCUCUAAGGGCAGCCGAGGUUUCCAAGACAAAUCAAACAAAUCAAUGUGACCAGGUGCUUGAAAAUGCUACUGCAACCCCAAAUGCUUUGCCAUGGGCAGGGAUGGCGGUGAGCGGCAUGGGACAGUCGAUGUCGCCGUACUACAACCCAUCUGCGGCGUACGGGUCCAUAAACGCAUCGUUGGCGGCCGCCGCCGUACAACAGUCGGCGGCUGCGAUGUCCGCCGGACUGUCAGCUUCGGCACAGGUGGUCAGCUCGAUGGACGCCAUGAAGUACUCGAUGGAAGCGGACAAGUACCGUUCCGCCUACAUGCCACCCUCGUCGCUCACAAUGUCCAUGUACUCGGACCCCAAGUACAUGGACUCGACCUCCAAGAGUUACCUGGAACGCGGCUACUUGGACUCCAACAUAACUAAGGCGUACUUCGAGCACUCGAAGAUGUACAUGGACGGCAAGUACAGCACCGAAUCGGCCCGUUCCUAUCCGAUCGACAUUGGGAAAAUGUACCAGGACGGGCCGGGCCAGCAGCCGCCGGCCAACUUGGGCUCGCCCAGGUCGUCGGACUCGCCGGAGGUGAAGCACAACCAGGAACGGCAGGACGGCACGUCCAGCUCCAGCUCGACCACCACGUCGUCGGCGGGGGCCUCGCCCGGCGCCCUGCCCGGGUACUACCCCACUGGUGCGAUGCAACAGGGCAACGCGGUGCCGGGGCUGUUGCCGAUGGCCCAAUAUGCGAGCCAGUAUCCGACGCAAACGCCCGGGGGUGAAUUCCGUCGACCCCUGACCGUCAUAUUUUGACCAGAUCGUAUUUGAAUGUGACUUGUGAUUUGUGGGUGUGCAGUAGAUGUGCGCGAUGCAAUGCGGAAGGCUCUUUACUCGUUCGAAUUUAUGUAUACGACCGUUGAUUUCGUUGGUUUCACUGUGGACGGCUGGUAUGGAUUAAUGUAAGUUUUGUGGACACGUUUAUUCUUUUGGUACGCAAGGUGGGCUUGGUCCAUAUUAAUUUUGAUAAAAUUACAUAAUUAUCUUUAAAAAUUAUGGGGUAAAAGUCUCUAUUAUCUCAAAUUUCUAAACAAUAGUUUUGGCAAUAUUUGUGAUAAUACUUUACAGAUCACUACCCCAAGAAUUAAUUUCAAAGAUAAAAUUAAUUCACUGAAUUAAUUUACAAUAUUGUAUUAGACAUUCAGAUUUGCUGGAAAAAUUAAAACUAGAAUUUAAAUUUUAUAGCAAAAAAAUAAAAAUAAAUCCACUUUUUGUACCAGACAUUUAUGUACAAAACUGUAGAUUAAUGUACUCCUAAUGUUUAUCUCUAAUAGCUUUAGUCCACGACUUAACUUUAAUCCUGGCAGCGUUAUUUAUUUUAGUUUAUUGUAAGUUAUUUGCCAGUUACAACAAAAAAAAAUAGCACAUCGAUUAUAAAUAUUGUCCAUUAUUAAAGUGACAUUGGACGUAUUUGCAAUAUCCUAAUUUAAAUAAAUAUUUAAUUUUUUUGUAAAAAAUUGUAAAUACUAAUCGUUGUACAAAUUAUAUAUGUAUUAGCAUUUGCUGGUUAAGUUGUGAUGAUUUUAUUAUUAGACAGAGUUUGUGUUACUGUACAAAGUUGGUUAUUAUUUAUACAUUUUGUUCCUAUUUUAUAGUAGCUAUACUACUUAAAAAAAAGUAUUCAUGUAUGUAUAACUUGUUAUUAUUAAACUAUCAACAAACAAAUCUUAGCAUUACUGUAACAAUAUGUUAUGUAAAGUUUCAAUAUACAUAAACACAUAAUAAACUAGAAUGUGAUUGUUUCAGUAA